GCCCGACCCGCCGCCCAGCCCCGCCCCAUGAGAACGACGCUGCUCGGCCCGGCCGCCCCCCGCGUGCACCGCGCCCGAGACAAAGCCCGCGCGCCCCGCUCCGGUGAACCUCAAAGCAGGAGCUCUGAAUCGACCUCUCAUCUGAGGACUGACUACUGCUGUCACUGCCAGCCUCCAUCCCCUGCCCAGGCCUGUCACUGUGUCGCCCCUCAGCAGGGGCAGCAGAAUGAAAGAAGGCAUGUCCAACAACAGCACCACGAGCAUCUCCCAAGCCCGGAAAGCUGUGGAGCAGCUAAAGAUGGAAGCCUGCAUGGACAGGGUGAAGGUCUCCCAGGCAGCCGCGGACCUCCUGGCGUACUGUGAAGCCCACGUGCGGGAAGACCCUCUCAUCAUUCCAGUGCCUGCGUCAGAAAACCCCUUUCGAGAGAAGAAGUUCUUUUGUACCAUUCUCUAACUCUGUUUGUGGUGAAAAUGUCUCCUUUUCCAUCCGUAAGAGUCCCCCGUAGAGACCAUGCAUGCUCUAAGCCCCAGGGAGCGCUACCCACACCCAUCCCUGCACAACCCGUGGUGGCCGGGGCUUGUCCUGUUUCCUCAUUUGUUUUCUUCGUGGCAUUCGAUUUCAUUUUUUCCCUUUUCCUUUUCAUGUCAUUUUCAUUAUUGGCAAAGAAAAUAGACAUUUUUAUAGCCAAAUAACAAAUAUGCCAUGUAAAAAUAAGUAUGGAUGUAAGGGUUUAAAAUUUUUAAGCAUCAGUUCCCAAGCUUAAAUGUAUCACGUUAAUACAUUUCAGGGGAUAACGUAGUGCAAAGAAAAACUGUACCCAAAUAUCCCCCAUGUAAUUCAGUAUCAAACUAGAGCAUGUUGACGAACUGAAAUUUGCAGGUAAAGUUUCCAUCGCCCUUCCUGGAGGAAACAGCUGUGGAAGUUUUCUCUUUCCUGCAUUUCCCUCAUCCUAUUAAAAAGAGAACAACCCACAGGAUUGGAAUGGUUUUCAGAACACGUGUCUUCCCGGGGCCGUGUGACCCAGGUCCCUGUUGACCCCUUUGAAGUGGUCCUUCUAGAAACCCAGGUGUUGGGCAGACACUGUAGUAAACUUGGCCAUGAACUUGGCCAAGAACUUGGCCAUGAACUUGGCCAUGAACGUGCACUGAUGUGUAUGUGUUACAGCCAGACCUGUGGGUGCCAUCUCCCCUUUCCAAAUGCCACUUCCUCCUGCUCCCUCCUCUUCUGGCUCUUGCUCAGUAGUCCUAACGUGGGCGGCAUUCAUAAGGGCCUGUUCUGGGCACAGCGCUGGUCCCUCCAGGGUUUUACCAGGGCAGCCCUUUCCCUGCAGGAGUGAGUUGUAGUGGCAGCAGCUCGCUGUGUGCCACCACCAAUCUGAGCACCGAUGUGUGUCGAGGUAUUCAGUCCUCCAACGAUAAAUACCAUUGGUGCAUGUCUGUUUUUGAGCAAGGGGAGACUGAGGCGCAGAGAGAUUAUGUAGUUUGCCCAAGGUCACGGAUAGUAAGCAGGGACACUGGGACUUGAGUGCAGGCAGUCUGACCCUCGAGUCUUCCCUGAACCCUUGAGCUAUGCUACCUGUUUGCAGGUAGCGAGACCCACAAACAAUCUUAACUGUACACUGUGAUGCAAACAUCUUUUUGUACUGACCCAAGGUCCACUCGUGGCACACUUCUCUUCCCACCUUCGCCAGGAGGAGGCCUAUAGAGCCGGCUUCUGGCAGUUUCUGGAAGAUGAUAUGUGAGGCCCCAGGGGGAGGCUAGACAUCCAUGAAUUAGUUCUUGGAUUGUCCGAGAUCACCCUGCAGGCCAUGCCUAAACCAAACUCAUGCCACCCCCAGUGUAAGAAAAGGACAAACCAUGGGAGCAGAGAGCUCUUUGUCUAAGUUUGUUCUAUGCCAUUUAUCUGGAAAUUGCCUCUCUCCCUGGUUCUGACAGCCUUGCUGUAUGAUAUAGGGCAGGCCAUUGUGUGCCUGAAAUGUUCUAACCUACAAAUUGCGGAUAAUGGCAAUUACUCCUCCUGCCUCUCUGUCUGGGAGGAAAAAGCGAGAUGCUACCUAGAUGAAAGCUCUGAUUAUCAUUUAAAACAAAUAAAUGUACUAACUGCCACCCUAUAAUAUAGGGAAGAAUGCGUGAGUUCAAAGAUUCUACGGUUCAGUUGGACGAAUAAUAUGAAAUUGCCUGCAAAGAGGCGAAUAUAAUUUCAGAUCAAUGAAUGACUUGCCACCCUCAUCAAUGGCUUUAGCACAUUUUCAUUCCUUGCUUCUUUUGUUGAAACCCAGCCUUAGUUUCGUUAGAGCUCACCGAUAAAGCCGGUGUUGUUAGGAAGCUGAUGCUCAAACUAUAGCAGAAUUGUCUGCUGGAUGUGAUGCUAACACUUCAGAUCCUUCUAUCGUUUGGUUUAUGGCCAGGAUCUCUUUAUUCCAUGGUCCGCAUCACCGUCAUUAAGCGGAUGAAACAAAGCACAAUCCCUAAAAGCACAUCAGAGAAGCCAAGGAGGUGGGGCAGCACACAGAGUGCCAAAAUCAGGUCAAGAAAAAAAAAGGGCUUUGAGUCUCGCACCCAACUCUCUCUUUGUCUUUACUGUUCCUGUCCCUGCAUGUUCAGCUUCCCCUUUGUUCUCUCUUUUCCCUUUUCUUCCUUACCCUCCCCUGUGAGGCACUUUCCUGUCCUUUUACUACACAUGUCCCUUCCAAACCGGUGGCCUUUUUUGUGGGUCACCCUUCCUAAAAGGAUUCCUGAGCACAGGUCAUGCACACGGGCUUCAACACGGGAUACACACACACGUGAAUGAGCCCCCCUCCCCUUCUAACAACCAGUGGGAGGUGAGGGACAUAAAGCCUGCUUGUGGGACAGAGUGUACCUGCAGUGGACAGUCCUCAUGUUGUGUUUUCAGCUUGGCUGUCCAGCAUCUGCCAUCUCUUCCUCUAGUGGGGACACGUAGGGGUACAAACUCAGUGGGGUGCAGUACCUGCCUCCCCCUGUGGAAGCCGAGGUAGGGAGGUAGUCCCCAUCUCUCAGGCACACCCCCUUCUGGCCCUAUACCAGCCACGGAGUGGUAGUGACCUGGGCUGGACCGCUUGGACUCCCCUGCUUGGGGCUGUGAGCCCAGAGCAAGUGACAUAGAAAUGACAGAUGCUGAGACUCGUUUCUUGGAAGCUGUGGUGGCCCGGGGGUGGCAGUUGCCUGGCAGGGGAGGUACCUAGGUAGGGCCAGCAGGCUGCAGGGAUGGUGUGUCCACUGGUAACCACGUCCAGGGAUGGCAGGGUCUGGGAAGACCAUUCCUCCUCCGCUCCUUGGCCCCACAGAGCUAUCUCUGCCUUCACCCAUCUCCCUACAUCUCCCUUCUAGUUUUCUGUCCAUUCUUUGAGCCGCCAAGCUCCGUCCAGUAAAUUCCUUGUUCUUCCAUGAAAUAGCCUGCGUGGGAUGUAAAUACCAUGUGACCUAACAAUUCCACUCCUAGGUGUAUACCCAACAGAGAUGUGUACAUAUAUUCAUCAAAAGAACUGCCCUAGAAUGUUCCUAGAAGCGCUAUUCGUAAUAACCCGGAACUGGAACGUGCCCACGUGUCCACGUUGCAUGGGUGAAUACAUUGUGGUAUAGUCCCCGUGGUGGAAUCUACAUAGCACUGAGAAUGGAUGAUCUGCAGCUACACCCCACGUCGUGGUGUGUGUCUCACAAACCCAGUGUCAAGUGAGACGCGGCAAGAGCACACCUUAUGAUUCCAUUUAUAUGAAGUACAAAACCCAGCAAAACUAAUCUGUGCCAUUGCAGGUAGGAAUAGUAGUUACUCUUAAGGGGCUAGUUACCAGAAGGGUACAUAAGGGGAAGCUUCUAGAAUGUUCUGUCUCUUGAUGUGGCUGCCAGGUACCUGGGUGUGUUCAUUUGGUGAAAAUUCUUAGAGCUGUAUACGCUUUUGAUGUGGGCACUUUUCUGUGUGUAUGUUAUACUUCAAUAAAAUGCUGAUUUUUGUGGCUAACAA